AUGGAGGCUGCUUUGCGUCAAUCCAAGGCCAUGUGCCCCUUCUUGAAGAAGGCCUCGCCCGCUAAGCUCCGCGCGCUGUCUACGUCGGCUCGUCCUCAUGCCAUUCAGGCGGCGCCCCAGACGGCUGUCUCCCCUUGCGGUGGAACCAUGUCCAAGUUGCAGCUGCUCGCCCACCGCUGCCCCGUCAUGGGCAAGGCCUUGACUGUCCAGUCGGCCCAGUACGGUCACGGCCGUCCGGCCAAGGUUGGAAACUCGUCUGUCGCCGGCAUUCGCGCGCUGAGCACCAACUCCAAGCCUGGCCGCGCCAACAUCCACACGAGCCGCAGCAACGAUGCCCGGCCUGUUGAUGCCCCCUUCAUCAACGGACGUGACAGCGCUCAAAUCCCUCCGACCAUGUCGGCCGCUCGCCAGAACGCCGCUCCCAACGUGGGCAUGAGCCAUUCGGACGCUUCUAAGGCCAAGUUCAACUAUGAGGCCUAUUACACUGCCGAGUUGGACAAGAAGCACAAGGACAAGUCGUACCGCUACUUCAACAACAUCAACCGCCUUGCCAAGGAAUUCCCCCGGGCGCACAUGGCUGAGAAGGGAGAAAAGGUGACUGUUUGGUGUGCCAAUGACUACCUCGGAAUGGGCCGCAACCAACACGUUCUGAAAUCGAUGCACGAGACCCUGGACGAGUAUGGUGCCGGUGCUGGCGGAACGAGAAACAUCUCUGGACACAACAAGCACGCCGUUGAGUUGGAGGGCACCAUCGCCAAACUUCACGCCAAGGACGCUGCUCUUGUCUUCAGCUCAUGCUACGUUGCGAACGACGCCACCCUGGCUACGCUGGGUAGCAAGAUGCCCGAGUGUGUAAUCCUGUCUGACAGCUUGAACCAUGCGUCCAUGAUUCAGGGUAUCCGUCAUUCUGGGACCAAGAAGGUCGUGUUCAAGCACAACGACGUCGCGGACCUCGAGGCGAAGCUGGCGUCGCUGCCCCUCCACGUCCCCAAGAUUAUUGCUUUCGAGUCGGUGUACAGCAUGUGCGGUUCCAUUGGCCCCAUUGAGGCCAUCUGCGACUUGGCGGAGAAGUACGGCGCGAUUACCUUCCUCGAUGAAGUCCAUGCUGUCGGCAUGUACGGCCCGCAUGGAGCCGGUGUCGCGGAGCAUCUGGACUUCGAAGCGCACCAGCAAGGCCGCCCGAAGGGCAGCAUCAUGGAUCGCAUUGACAUCAUCACCGGUACCCUCGGCAAGGCUUACGGAUGUGUGGGCGGCUACAUUGCCGGCAGCGCCAAGCUUGUCGAUAUGAUCCGCUCUCUCGCUCCUGGAUUCAUCUUCACCACCUCUUUGCCGCCUGCUACCAUGGCUGGCGCAAAGACGGCCAUCGAGUACCAGAUGGAGUACGAUGGUGACCGCCGCCUCCAGCAACUCCACACCCGCGCAGUGAAGGAGGCCUUGAACGAUCGCGACAUUCCGGUCAUUCCCAACCCUUCCCACAUCAUCCCUAUUCUGGUUGGCAACGCCGAGCUUGCCAAGCAGGCGUCUGACAUGUUGCUCCAGGAUUACCAGAUCUACGUGCAGUCCAUCAACUACCCCACCGUUCCCGUUGGCCAGGAGAGACUGCGCGUCACGCCUACCCCAGGCCACAAGAAGGAGUACCGCGACCAACUUGUCCAGGCCCUCGACGAGAUCUGGACCAAGCUUGGCAUCAAGCGCACCUCCGAGUGGGCUGCCGAGGGCGGCUUCAUUGGCGUCGGAGAGGCGGACGCCGCUCCCGAGGCGCCCUUGUGGACCGACAACCAGCUUGGCAUCGAGCAGGCUGCGAAGGAGAUCAAGGCCGCGGGCAAUAUCAGCAACGGCUUCGUUGAGGCCCUGCUGGAGCGUGAGGCCAAGGCGGCUGGUCAGGCCGUGAGCUCUACUAUUUGA